UGCAUAUCCACCGCAGGGACGUCCAAGGAGAAGAGCACCUUCGCAACACUCGCGCGUACGACGCUUAUCUGUCACGGCAGCUAUGUACCGCCUUGCGUCGCCGCUGCACCGUCGCGUGGCAGUGUCAUUGCUUGGUGCAACCGCAGGAACGUAUUCGACCACGAGCAACAAGAGCACGGUCUACCACCCAGACAGCCACAACAAGGACAAGAACGGUGUGUUCAAGUACGUCAAGCCCAUAGAGUGCGACGACGGCCAUGUCAUUGUGCCGUGGGAAGUGCCCGAUCGUGAGCUGCAGCUUCAGAAGCUCAAGGCCAAGGACUCGUUUGAUGUGGUUGUCAUCGGUGGAGGUGCAACUGGCGCUGGUUGCGCGUUGGAUGCAGCCACGCGUGGGAUGAAAGUUGCUUUGGUCGAACGCAGCGAUUUCGGUGCAGGCACAUCGGGACGGUCGACAAAAUUGAUCCAUGGCGGGAUUCGAUACCUUGAGACCGCCUUCAUGAAACUUGACAUAGCAGCGUACAAACUGGUCCUGGAAGCGCUGGAAGAACGCAAGCACAUGCUUGCAGCAGCACCAUACAUGAAUCGCGCACUUCCCAUCAUGAUCCCGAUCUACACUUGGUCCGAAAUUCCGUACAUGUGGGUCGGUGCCAAGAUGUACGAUUUCGUGGCUGGCCACGGUCGCUCCGUGCCAGGGAGCUACUACAUCGACUCGGACGAAGCCAUGUACCAGUACCCGAACCUGAAGAAGGACGGACUGAAAGGCGCGAUUGUGUACUACGACGGCCAGAUGAACGACACUCGCAUGAACUUGUCACUGGUGCUGACGGCGGUCCAGAGUGGCGCGACAGCUGCCAACUACGUUCAAGUCCAACGCCUUCUCAAGGACAACGACGGCAACGUUUGUGGUGUCCAUGUGCAGGACACCCACACCGGCGAGCAAUGGGACAUCCACGCCAGGGCUGUGAUCAAUGCAACCGGCCCUUUCACAGAUGACAUUCGAUUGAUGGACAACCCGGACGCCGACAAGAUCUGCGUCCCCGCAGCAGGGGUCCACGUCGUUCUUCCAGACCACUUUAGUCCCAACAGGAUGGGGCUUAUCAUCCCCAAAACGACGGACGGACGUGUAUUGUUUUAUUUGCCAUGGGAGAAUGGGACGCUAGCUGGCACGACCGAUUCGGAGUCGGCCAUUACAAUGCUGCCAUCGCCAACGAAAGCCGAGGUCCAAUUCAUCCUGAACGAGUCGAACCGGUACUUGAACGCGACCGUGACGGAAGCCGAUGUUCGGUCGUCGUGGAGCGGCAUCCGCCCGCUCGUGAAAGAUCCGCGGCACCCCACCAACACAUCGCAAAUCUCACGCGAGCACGUGCUCGACGUGUCGCCGUCCAAGAUGGUUACGAUUGCUGGAGGCAAAUGGACCACCUACCGCAGGAUGGCCCAAGACACGAUCGACAAAGUUCAGGCAUUGUUUCCAGACCUGGCGCAAGACGCCUGCAAGACGCGCAUGAUGCAGCUGGUCGGCGCCGACCGGAUCGGAGAAGUAUGCAGCCAAAAGUUCGACCGCAUCACGAUUACACUCCGGGAAAAGUACCACAUGGACAAGGACAUUGCGGAGCAUUUGACCAAGAACUAUGGCACGCGCGCGCUGCAGCUUGGCGAGCUCGAGAAAUGCGGGUUCCUGCACCGCAAGGCCGGCGACCACCCCAAGCGCCUCCACCCCAAGUACCCGUACGUAGAGUCGGAAGUGAUCUUUGCCGUCCAGCAGGAGUAUGCUGUCCGCGCCGUGGACGUGCUCGCCCGCCGCACCCGCCUCGCGUAUAUCGACGCCGUUGCGACGGAACAAGUCAUGGAUAAGGUGAUUGCGAUGAUGGCGCAGCUGCUCAAGUGGGACAAGAAGCGAUGUGCGGCCGAGAAGGACGAAGCGUUGGCGUUUUUGGCUACCAUGCACACCAAGUAGACCCCCUGAGUAAUUUGUUUUGAACGGACUCGGUGGAAGUACUUUCCCCAAACUUGCGCCGAGGCGCGGUCAACCCCUCUGUACCAACUACUUGGUAGAUGCCGACCUGAUCUGGUGUGGAUGGGUACAUGCAUACUGUAACACGCGUCGGUAGCUC